UUUCUUUUCCUGUUUUGAUUAAGAAAAAUUGUAUUGCAUAUUUUGAGUAGGCGACUGACUGAAGAGUUAAACUGACUAAAUUUGGGCUAAAAGAAUACAUGAAUAAUUUUCUUAACACAUUGAUGUGUAUUUAAUGUGCAUUUAUAGCUCAGCUCACAUAUUUUUUGUUAAAUCUAUAUGAAUGUUAUUUAAUUAUAAUUUAUAGUUUAUUACAGUUGCAUUUAAGUGUCAUGCACAAUCGUUACUUCAUCAUCCUCAGCAAGCCAUUCAUUUAUCAAUAAUGUUUUCCAAAGACUGAAACUGUAACAACAAGUUACUCUAAAUGGUAUAGAGGGUAGUAAUGUUCUUGGAGGACUUUAUAUUAAAAACAUAUAAAUUAAAAUUGCACUUUUGUUGCAGUCGUGUUGCUAUUGUUUUCUUUGCUGUAAUGUACUAUUUUUUAAGUUAUACUAAGUUUUAUAUUCAAAAUACAUCUAUACAUAUAAUAAGAUUUUAAUUAAAAUCAUAUUUUAAUUAGUUUGGUAAGCAACCCUACAAAAAAAAUAAUCAUCCUACUGGCGCUGUUAUUUUGUGGUAAUGCGGUAUUUGAUGUUAUAUUUGUAACCCAAUUUUGAUUGGCUAGUUAAAGUUUUGCUUGCUGCUGAUUGGUCUGUAAUUGGGCUGGAGUUUAGGUGUGAGUGUGGCGGCAGGUUGAGGUAAGAGGACGCAGAGUUAUUAAGGGAAGAGUGUAGGAAUCUGCAAUGUCUUGUUUCUGCAAUUUAAAUUGGACUGCAGGUCUACACAGCCUGUAGAGUUGAAGAAAUAUGACAUUAUUUUCACAAUAAAAGUAGGUGGGUUAAUUUUUUUCCUCACGUGUCAGUUCUCCGCUGCUCAUGAGUCUGUGCAGAACACCAUUAGUACAGACUCCACAGAUUAAAGCUAAUUACUACAAAUUAAGACAAACAUGAUUUUUCAUAAGCUUGUGGAACAGAUGUAUAUCUCUCUGAGUGACUAAAUUGACAAGGCUUCCAGUUACAUGCCUUUCAAAUUCAUUCACUAUUCCCUACGUUUCUCCACUAAUAUAGUCCCUUUGAAGGAGUGAAUGAAAACAAGUGAAUGAAUUUGAAAACUGUAAAGAUUUUCAAACAGAUGAAAAUGUUGAACUCUGCCAUGGAAACUAGCAUGUAUAAACCUUAAUUAAACAAUUUAAUAAUCAAUUAAUAAGGAAUUUAUACAUUCAUACCUUUAUACAUGGAUGAUAUUAUGCUGUAGCCACAUUGGACCAGCGGUUUUGAAAAUGAAUGGAUAAAUGGAUGAUUCAGCUGUGGGCACCAUCUUAUGGUCGGACACAGGAAUUCAUUUGACAGGUGACCCCUCACAGUGCAUUAUGGAUAUUUUGUAUCCGUUGAGCAUGCGUCGGUUGUAUACUCAUCAUUUGCGGUGCAUUAUGGGAUUGGAUGAGUGCACUAGAUAACAUCCACUAUGGUUUGGACUCAAAUACAAAUGGCUGUCCCCUCAAACAGUGUCCUAUUUAAGAGUAUAGGGGUAAUUUUGGACACCGCCAUGAAGUCGGACACUUUCUGCUUUCUGUAGUGCCGUUUCCUUGAUUCUCGCAGACUUUAAUGCGGAUAAGAUGUAUUCAAUGCAUUAUUUUUUAAAAUAAAUACAGGGAUGUUUUCAUGUAGUAAUAGAAGCACUUUUCAUUCAGUACUUAAUGUACUGCUUAACACAGCGCAUGCAUGUUCAAGUGUUGCAUCAACUUAAGCUUAUUGUCACACUUCAGGUCCACUAAGAAGACGAUGAAGAGUAAAGGAAGUAAAGUAGCUAGGUAACUUUAUUAAACAAAACAAAAGUGUAAUGCACAUGAUCCAAAAAGUGUAAACCACGUAACAUUGUUUACUGAAACACAAACAACACCAAACAAAGAUCUGAGGAGACUGAGAGCACUAUAAGCAAAGAUAAUGAACUCAAAUAAAACCAGAUGUCCUCUAAUUAAUGAAACAAUGAAUCACCAUAACAAUAAAUGAUGAGAGUGAACAGAGGACAAAGGGAAGCAGGAAAACUCAGAGAAGCAAACUAAGUGCAAAGAUGAAACCAAAACCAAAAUACAGUGAAAAUGUGACAUUACUCCCCCAUCUCAGAAGCCUGGAGUGGCAGGUAAAGGACGGGUGACAAGGGCGAUGCCAGCAGGCUAGGAAGCUUCCAGUUCAACACCAGCAAUACAGGACCCAAGAAGGCACCAGUAGCUCAGGCAGCCAGGGAGGUGCUGGCAGUUCAGGGAGUCGCCAGCAAUUCAGGGAGCCAGGGAGGCGCUGGCAGUACAGGGAGCCAAGGAGGUGCUUGUAGCUCAGGGACCCAUGGAGGUGCUGGCAGUGCAGGGAGCCAGUAAGGAUUGGACAGGAGCGGACUCAUGGGCUGGAGCGGGCUCCUGGUCAAGCUCUGGGGCUGGAGCAGACUACGGUGCAGACUCAUGAGCUGGAGCUGACUUGUGUCUGAGGUCUGGGGCUGAAGUGGGCUCGUGACUGAGCGGGCUUGUAACAGAGCUCUGGGGCUGGAGUGGGCUCCUGGGUGGAAGACUGGAGGAAUGUGUGUAUAGCCCAGACACACACAGUAACGGCUACAUACAAAGAAAUGUCCAGAGCAAUCAGGCCAGAGCAAAUAUUAAGAAUAAGCUCUGAUACAGCUUUCUCAAGAGCAGACUCUGGAACAGGCUUGGGGUUUUCACUCACUGGAACAGACUCAGGGAUUUCACUUAGUAGAACAGGUUCUGGGUUUUCACACUCUGGAACCAACACUCUACUGUGCUCAAGGGCUGGAGCCAACACUGGACUGUGCUGUGGAGCUUGAGCCAACACUAGACUGUGCUCAGGGGCUGGAGCCAAUACUGGACAGUGCACAGGGGUUGAGGGUGCUUAAUUGCCUGGUGGUAUCAGUUAUAAAAGGUGAUGGUUUAAUCCAAUCCAGAACAAAUUCAUGAGAGAUUGGUCAUCCCAGGGUACUAAAUGGCAAUACUGAAGAAAUCCCACCACACACCUCUCCAUACUGUGGCCAUUCUGAUUGAUGGAGCACGGAAUAUCUUCCCCAGAUUCCAUCUCAGCUAACCGGUGGUCCAUACUUGAAGUGAAAGCCCCCGUAGAAUUCAUAUUAAUUAGGUCUGGUGUUCUGUCACACUUUAGGGCCACAAAGAAGACGAUGAAGAGUAAAGGAAGUAAAGUAUCUAGGUAAUUUUAUUAAACAAAACAAAAGAGUAUAAUACAAAUGAUCAAAAAAAAAACAUAGACCACGUUUUUAGCAAAGCAACGUGGCUGUUAUGUAACUGUAAAAUAAUUUGAUGACCAAACUUUCGUUGUGGCAAUGUAACCAGUUACGUUGUCACAACCGAAAAAGUGAAAUUCCUGGAUUCAUUGCUACAACAUAACUUUAUGACGUUGCCAAUAAGUAAUUGCGACAUCGUCAAUCAGUAGUUGUGUGUUUGUUAAUCAGUUGGUAAUUUUUAUUUUUUAUAUUUUUUUUCAAUGGGCAGACAUGCAGUAGCUUAACCUAAGUUGUCCUCAUUUGCCUGAAUUAGUAUGGCACCAGAUAUUUACAAAACUGUUUGAACAGACAUUGAUCAUCAACAGUCAGUGUGAAUGAUCUGCUUUGAAAAACAAUUAAUAUUUGUGUGGAAUGUGAAAGAAUUAUGUCUCUUUUUCUUGCCAGGUGUUGUAUGGUCACUGCUGACUGUCAUCUCUUUUAUCCUCUGUAAGUGUAUAAUAUCCACCACUGUCGUUGAAUCAAGAUCAGCAGUCAGUUCAGUUUUGGACUGUGAGCUUGAUAAUGAUAUGUACAUCUGCACUGGUGCUCAGUACCGCAUGUACUGCAACUCAAGAAUGCAUCAUUUCUCCUUCCAGAGAUACCAAAGCCAGAACCAAUACCAGUGCAUGAGUAAUAACUGUAUCUGUGUUGGCAAUAAGGACACCUGUACAUGCUACAAAAAUACUUCAUCCUGCUUCUGUGAGAAUUUUCGCAAUAACAUCACUAUCCCUACAGCAGUUAGUCCAGUCUAUGACUGUGGGCUUUAUAAUGACACGUACAUCUGCACUGGUGCUCGGUACCGCAUGUACUGCAACACAAGUGUGCACAGUUUCGGCUACCAGAGAUAUAGAUACCUAAACCAAUACCAGUACCAAUGCUGGAGUAAUAACUGUUACUGUGUUGGUAAUAAUGAUACCUGUACAUGCUACAGUAGCACUUUGUCCUCCUGCAUCUGUGAGACUUAUGGUAAUAACAUCACUAUCCCUGCAGCAGUUAGUCCAGUCUAUGACUGUGUGCUUUAUAAUGACACAUACAUCUGCACUGGUGCUCAGCACCGUAUGUACUGCAACACAAGAAUGCAUAGUUUCUAUUACCAGAGAUAUAGAUACCUAAACCAAUACCAGUACCAGUGCUGGAGUAAUAACUGUUACUGUGUUGGUUAUAAGGAUACCUGUACAUGCUAUAGUAACACUUUGUCCUCUUGCUUCUGUGAAAGUUAUGGUAAUAACAUCACUGUCCCAACAGCAGCUAGUCCAGUCACAGAUCCUGACUGUGUGCUACAAAACAACAUGUACAUCUGCACUGGUGCUCAGUACCGCAUGUACUGCAACACACAAAUGCAUGAUUUCUCCUACCAAAGAUAUCAGUUCCAACACCAGUACCAGUGUGUGAACAAUAACUGUGACUGUGUUGGUAAUAAGGACACCUGUACGUGCUCUAGUAGCACUUUGUCCUCCUGCUUCUGUGAGACUUACGGCAAUACCAUUGCUCUCACGACAGCAGUUACUCCAGUCCAUGACUGUGUGCUUUAUAGCGACACGUCAUACAUCUGUACUGGUGCUCAGUACCACAUGUACUGCAACACAAGUGUGCAUGAUUUCCAUUACGAUACAUACCAUGACCACUGUUUUAGUGAUAACUGUGACUGUGUUGGUAAUAAGGACACCUGUACAUGCUACAGUAGCACUCUGUCCUCCUGCUUCUGUGAGAGUUAUGGUAAUAUCGUCACUCUCAAUAGAGCAGUUGCUCCAGCCUAUGGCUGUGUGCUUUAUAACGACACGUACAUCUGCACUGGUGCUCAAUACCAUAUGUACUGCAACACGAGAAUGCAUGAUUUCUACUACAAGAGAAAUCAGUACCAAUAGCAGUGCAUGAGUAAUGGCUGCUUCUGUGUUGGUGAUAAGGACACCUGUACAUGCUCUAGUAGCACUUUGUCUUCCUGCUUCUGUGAGACGUACAACAAUAGCAUCACUAUCCCUACAGCAGUUAGUCCAUUGAGACUCUCUCAAUGUGUGUUUUCUAAUGACACGUACAUCUGCACUGGUGCUCAGUACCGCAUGCACUGCAACACAAGAAUGCAUGAAUUUAACUACCUAUAUCAGAAUCAAAACCAAUACCAGUACGAAUGCUGGAGUAAUAACUGUAACUGUGUUGGUAAAAAUGAGACCUGUACAUGCUAUAGUAGCACUUUGUCCUCCUGCUUCUGUGAGACUUACGGCAAUAUUGUUGCUCUCAAUAGAGCAGUUGCUCCAGCUUAUGGCUGUGUGCUUUAUAACGACACGUACAUCUGCACUGGUGCUCGAUACCACAUGUACUGCAACACAAGAAUGCAUAGUUUCUCCUACCGGAAAAAUCAGUACCAAGACCAAUACCAGUGCAGUAAUAACUGUUACUGUGUUGGUAAAAAUGACACCUGUACAUGCUCUAGUAGCACUUUGUCCUCCUGCUUCUGUGAGACUUACGGUAAUAUCGUUGCUCUCAAUAGAGAAGUUGCUCCAGCUUAUGGCUGUGUGCUUUAUAAUGACACGUACAUCUGCACUGGUGCUCAAUACCACAUGUACUGCAACACAAGAAUGCAUCGUUUCUCCUACCGGAAAAAUCAGUACCAAGACCAUUACCUGUGCAUUAGUACUGGCUGUAUCUGUGUUGGUCAUAAGGACACCUGUACAUGCUACAGUAGCACUUUGUCCUCCUGUUUCUGUGAGACGUACAACAAUAGCAUCACUGUCCCUACAGCAGUUAGUCCAUUGAGACUCUCUCAAUGUGUGUUUUUUAAUGACACGUACAUCUGCACUGGUGCUCAGUAUCGCAUGCACUGCAACACAGGAAUGCAUGAUUUUUACUACCAGAAAUAUCAGAACCAAAACCAGUAUGAAUACCAAUGCUGGAGUAAUAACUGUGCCUGCACUGGUAAUAAUGACACCUGUACCUGCUACAGCAGUACUGGCUCCUCCUGCUUCUGCGAGUAUAAUAUCUCCAGCCCAAGUCUGGAUAACAUGCAGGAUCAGUGCAGGAGUCAGACCUCUGGAGGAUGUUUUCAAAAUCUUAUUGACCAGAUAGAGAACAUUACAAAUCAAGAGCUUCCUUUGGAU